AUGCCUACUGUUCGUAACAGAAAAAAGUCUCUGACACCACAAAGUUCUUGUUCGACAAAUGACUCUCAUACAGAGCUGGAGUUCUUACCCGACAAACUAAGAGCAAAGCUACUUCCUUUCCAGAAAGAUGGGAUUAUUUUUGCCCUUAAAAGAAAUGGAAGGUGUAUGGUGGCUGAUGAAUAAUGGAUGGGUCUAGGAAAGACAAUCCAGGCAAUUUCCAUUGCUUACUUCUAUAAAGAGGAAUGGCCUCUUCUAAUAGUGGUGCCUUCAUCUCUGAGGUACCCUUGGACGGAAGAAAUAGAGAAAUGGAUUCCAGAACUAGGUCCAGAAGAAAUUAAUGUCAUUCAGAAUAAAACUGAUACCGGGAGAAUAUCGACUAGCAAAGUGACAAUUCUGGGUUAUGGUCUUUUAGCCAGAGAUGCAGAGACUUUGAUAGAUGUACUAAAUGACCAGAACUUUAAAGUAGUUAUAGUGGAUGAAUCACAUUACAUGAAGUCCAGAAAUGCAACCCGUACCAAGAUUUUAUUGCCAUUAGUACAAAAAGCCAUACGUGCCAUUCUUCUUACAGGAACUCCAGCUUUGGGAAGACCCGAAGAGCUCUUUAUGCAGAUUGAAGCUCUCUUUCCACAAAAAUUUGGAAAAUGGACUGAUUAUGCCAAAAGAUACUGUAAUGCACGUGAGGAAUUAAAUACCAGCUUUGAAGAAUGGGAAAAAUUAAUAAGAGCUCCAAGUUCUGCUUCUCGCGAUACUGUCAUGGGAUUGAUUACACGAAUGUUUAAACAAACUGCUAUUGCCAAGGCAGGUGCUGUCAAGGAUUAUAUUAAGAUGAUGCUUCAGAAUGAGUCUCUUAAAUUUCUUGUUUUUGCUCACCAUCUAAGCAUGCUACAAGCUUGCACAGAAGCAGUCAUAGAAAACAAGACUCGUUACAUUAGGAUAGAUGGAAGUGUUCCUUCUUCAGAAAGAAUACAUUUGGUGAAUCAGUUUCAAAAGGAUCCUGAUACUCGUGUGGCUAUCUUAAGCAUUCAGGCUGCUGGUCAGGGUUUGACAUUUACUGCUGCAACUCAUGUUGUAUUUGCUGAGUUAUAUUGGGACCCUGGACAUCUAAAACAAGCAGAGGACCGUGUUCACCGAAUUGGACAGUGCAGCUCUGUGAAUAUUCACUAUCUUAUUGCAAAUGGUACUUUAGACACCCUUAUGUGGGGAAUGUUGAACCGCAAGACUCAGGUCACAGGAAGUACCUUGAAUGGAAGGAAGGAACAACUACAAGCUAAGGAAGAUGAUAAGGAAAAAUGGGAUUUCCUGCAAUUUGCUGAAGCUUGGAUUCCAAGUGAAAGUUCUGAAGAGUUCAAGAAUGAAAUUUUGUUCACUCAUUUUGAAAAAGAGAAGCAGCAUGAUAUUCGGUCAUUCUUUUUGACAAAACCUAAGAAAAGACAGUUGCUGACUUCCUGUGAUGAAUCAAGUACAUCCCAGGAGGAAAACAAUAUAGUACCAGCUGACUCUGACAAAACAACCACAGGAGAUGUUAACAGUGAAAGUAAUUUGGAAUCUGAAUCUAAAAGAUUGAAAUUGGACCAACACUGCAAUCCCCCAACAGAGAAACCAAUGCAGCCCAGACAAACCAAAUGUUCACUCCUGCCUGAGGACCAUAAGGCCAAGGCCCGGAAAGCCACUCUGCCCCUUUCUGGAAUGGACUGGCAAUGUGGUUUCUGCACCUAUGUCAAUAAUGCAAUGUUACCUUAUUGUGAAAUGUGUGAGAAUCCUCAAGGCAGUGCUGAUAGUAGCAGCCAUACCCAGAAGAAAAUGAAAACCAAGAAAGAUAAUUCUGAGACUGGCACUUCAGAAAAAGUUCAUUCUGUUUCUGAAAAACGAGCUCUUGCACAGAGCUCAGGUGUUGCUCAGUCAGAGUCUGAACCAUUACCUGAAAGCAAAGAAAAAAUACCAACACCAGAAUGGAGAGAUGGAUUUAUGCCCCAGUCCCAUGCUAAACAGUCAGAGACUUCCGAGACUUUGCCAGUCUACGAUACCUUAAUGUUUUGUGCAAGUAAGAAUACUGACCGGAUUCAUCUCUACACUAAGGAUGGAAACCAGAUGAACUGUAAUUUCAUUCCUUUAGAUAUAAAAUUAGACCUUUGGGAAGAUUUGCCAGCAAGUUUUCAGCUGAAACAAAAUCGCUCCCUGAUAUUGAGAUUUAUUCGAGAAUGGAGUAGUCUAACGGCCAUGAAGCAAAGAGUAAUCAGGAAAAGUGGGCAGCUGUUCUGCAGUCCAAUUCUUGCUUUGGAAGAGAUCACAAAGCAGCAAACCAAAUCACAUAGUACCAGAAGGUACAUAACCAAAGAAGAUGUUGCUGUGGCCGCAAUAGACAAGGUGAAGAAAGAUGGGGGCCAUGUUCGUCUGAUCACAAAGGAUUCCAGAUUACAGGAACCUUCUACCAAAGAAUUUCUUGAAGAUGGUUCCUGUGUCUCAUUUGUCAAUCCCUGCACAGCCCAAGCAGAUCUCACGAUGAAACCUUCCUCCAAAGGCUAUUUACAAGCUGUGGACAAUGAGGGAAAUCCACUCUGCCUUCGCUGCCAGCAGCCCACUUGCCAAACUAAGCAGGAUUGUAAAGUGAACACUUGGGAUUCACGAUUUUGUUCUCUGCAGUGUCAGGAGGAGUUCUGGAUUCGAUCUAAUAACAGUUACAUACGAGCCAAGGUCUUUGAAAUUGAACAUGGUGUCUGUCAGCUAUGUAGUCUAAAUGCACAUGAGCUCUUUUUACGACUGAAAGAUGCUCCUAAGAGUCAACGGAAGAAUCUCCUGGAUAUGACCUGGAUUUCAAAACUCCCAUUAGAACAGCUUAAUGAAAUGAUAAGAAACCCAGGGGAAGGGCAGUUCUGGCAGGUGGACCACAUUAAGCCAGUGUUUGGUGGAGGAGGGCAGUGCUCCCUGGACAACCUGCAGACUCUCUGCACCAUCUGCCACCGAGAGAGAACUGCCAAACAAGCUAAGGAAAGAAGCCAAGUGAGAAGACUAACACCAAAGCAUGGAUCAGACAUCACACGGUUUUUGGUAAAGAAGUGAAAUAUAGGGGUCGGACCAGUGGCGCAAGUGGUAGGG